GAGGAAGGAAGGUGCAAAAAUCAUACAUUUAUUUUAUUAUCUAAUGGAUUCAUGCGCGAAUCCUGUUAGUAGCUGUUUUAAUAGUUAAGUAAAUAAGGAUUGCAGAUAACAUGAAUAUUUACCAAAAGGCUUUGUCUGUAGGAUUAGUAGCUCAACAGAAGAACUUGGAGGGAUAUGUGGGUUUUGCCAAUCUUCCCAAUCAAGUGUACAGAAAGUCUGUGAAGAGAGGGUUUGAGUUCACUCUCAUGGUAGUGGGUGAAUCUGGGCUUGGAAAGUCAACAUUGAUCAACUCCCUGUUUCUGACAGACUUGUAUUCUCCAGAGUACCCUGGACCUUCCCACAGAAUUAAAAAGACUGUUCAGGUUGAACAGUCCAAGGUUUUAAUAAAAGAAGGCGGAGUCCAGUUGCUUCUUACAAUAGUAGAUACACCUGGAUUUGGAGAUGCUGUCGACAACAGUAACUGCUGGCAGCCGGUCAUUGAUCACAUCGAUAGCAAGUUUGAGGAUUAUCUCAAUGCAGAGUCUCGUGUGAACAGACGCCAGAUGCCAGACAACAGAGUGCAUUGCUGUUUGUACUUCAUUGCACCUUCAGGUCAUGGGCUAAAACCUUUGGAUAUCGAGUUCAUGAAACGGUUACAUGAAAAAGUGAAUAUAAUCCCCCUCAUUGCCAAAGCUGAUACACUCACACCAGAGGAAUGCCAACAGUUUAAGAAACAGAUAAUGAGAGAAAUUCAAGAGCACAAAAUUAAAAUCUAUGAGUUUCCAGAGACGGAUGACGAAGAGGAGAACAAGUUAGUUAAAAAGAUCAAGGACCGUUUACCACUGGCAGUAGUAGGCAGCAAUACUAUAAUAGAAGUCAAUGGAAAACGAGUGCGAGGAAGACAGUAUCCAUGGGGAGUUGCUGAAGUGGAAAAUGGAGAGCAUUGUGAUUUCACAAUUCUAAGAAACAUGCUGAUCAGAACUCACAUGCAGGAUCUGAAGGAUGUUACCAAUAAUGUACACUAUGAGAACUAUAGAAGCAGGAAGUUGGCAGCUGUUACAUACAACGGAGUAGAUAACAACAAGAAUAAGGGACAGCUCACCAAAUUUGACACAGUUGAAGGCAUAAGCCCACUGGCUCAGAUGGAGGAGGAGAGAAGAGAGCACGUGACCAAGAUGAAGAAGAUGGAGAUGGAAAUGGAGCAGGUCUUUGAGAUGAAAGUCAAGGAGAAGAUCCAGAAACUGAAGGACUCGGAGGCAGAGCUUCAGCGCCGCCAUGAACAGAUGAAGAAGAACCUGGAAGCUCAACACAAGGAGCUGGAGGAGAAGCGGCGUCAGUUUGAGGAAGAAAAGUCGAGCUGGGAGGUUCAGCAGCGGCUGUUGGAACAGCAGAAGCUCGACGCUUCCAGGACCUUGGAAAAGAAACAAAAGAAGGGGAAGAUCUUUUAAAGUUUUUCAGGACCACCACGUAACGAUGUACUAGUUGCCAAUAUUCCAGCCUGGACGUUGGGUGUUUAUUUUUGGUUUUGUCAACCAGCCAUGUACCAGUUCUGUCAUGAUUAUCGGAUGCAUUAGCAUGCCACACCGCCAGAUCAGUAUGGUCUUUGUCCGCAAAAUUUUAAUUUGGUUGCAUCUUAUAAAAACCGUGGACAGACUCCACUUAAACAUGCUAAAUUGUUAUUCCCUUGAUUUUAACUGAUGUCUACAGCUGUAUGCAGAGAAACUAUUUGUUUUACUAUUGUACAAUCAUGUUCUGGUGGUUGAUUGUUUACAAAAAUAAACCUGUUCUUCCACAAUGUCAAUAACUUAAGGUGUUUCUAAACAAAAUGCCAUAAAUAUUCUUUUCUAUGCUUUAAGUAUAACACGAGUUUCAUACCGUGCUGCAUUCUAUACAACAUAGUCUAACAUUAUGACCAAUGGAGAGAUCUCUCACCUUAAAACUUAGACAAGAUUAAAGGUGAUACUUAUAGGCCAAAAUGCACCUCAGGCUUUUUUUAUAACAUUUGUUAUUGCUUUCUUUUCCCAAAUUUUAUGCUUCUACCACUUCUAUUAAUUUAAAUAAUCUAACCAGGAUCGUUAUAUAUAACUUCAUUUAAUGUUUAAUUUAGGUGUUUGUUUUUUUUUUCCAUAUAUUGGCCCUGCUAAAAAUGAUAGUGAUUUUGUAUGUUAGCAUUUUGGGGAAUAAACAUUGUUAACUUGUUUCAGUAACUGCAUUAGGCGGUUAAGAGUCAAAGAACAAAUGCCCAUUUCUCUGUAAUAAAGCUGGUAUCUCCUUACUUGCAUCAGAGUUGGGUAUGCUGCCCUCCUAGUCAUUUCCACAUUUAGCUUUGUUCAUGUACUGCAUCUCUGUAUUUUGUUUUUUAUUUUUUGUUUGUAUUGUACAAAGUCACAUAAUAAAACAGACUUGUGAUGAUGUAAA